GAGUCGUUCUUCUGUAACAGUAGUUUAUUCGGACCCAAAAAGCCCGAGGGAAUUCAACGAGCUUAUUUUGUUUGUUGUUUUUUUGUUGAGUGUUCGUAGUUAUUCAGUCAACGUGCCCUGAAAAGUACGAACUUUAUCCGCAGACAACCGGUAGUUAACGUUAGAUGGACGACGGUGAGCAAGUCGUAUCGUCCACAACCGAAGACGAAAUGAGUAGAUACAGUCAAUACGGUAAUCAUUAUGGCAACAACGAGGCCACAGCUACAUUUGGCGACGAUGAUAUUGUAGACUUAGUUGGCGGAGCACAUGAUGCUAUUGAGAGGCACAAGGCUUCGUACCCCGAGGAUAUAAUUAAAUUUAGGAAGGACGAGGAAGCGCUACUGACCACCACUACAGAGCGUGCCACGGCACAACUGACACACGACGAGGUGAUUCCAGAUUCCACUCCAUCAGAGGAAGAGUUGGCAGAAAUAAUUCCAGCACCAGUGAUUCUCAAUUGUUUGGAUGCAGACUCUUUGCCAGAACUCAUCAGACCAUAUCCCCCGGCAAAAGCAGCUCCAGAAGAAGCAGGUCCAGUACUAGAAGCAGCUCCAGAGGAAGAAGCGACUGCGGCUCCUCCAGCACCACCCCUGGUAGAGCUCCUGUACUGGCGUGAUGUCAAGACUUCUGGCGUGGUGUUUGGCGCUGGCCUCUCUCUGCUGCUCUCCCUGACACUUUGCAGCAUUGUCAGCGUCUCGUCCUACAUCGCUCUGGCGCUCCUCUCCGUCACCAUUUGCUUCAGGAUAUACAAGGGGAUCCUGCAGGCCAUCCAGAAGUCUGAUGAAGGGCACCCAUUCAAGCUGUACCUGGAUCAGGAUGUGGGUCUGUCAGAGGAAACUGUCCAUAAGUACAGCGACUGUGCUCUGGCACGGUUCAACACAACAGUCAUAGAGCUACGUCGCCUCUUUCUUGUUGAAGACCUGGUGGAUUCCCUCAAGUUUGCUGUGUUGAUGUGGAUUCUCACCUAUGUUGGUGCCUUGUUCAACGGACUCGACCUCCUUAUUCUAGGUCUGGUUGGACUGUUCAGUUUCCCCAUCAUCUAUGAGAAGUACAAGGUACAGAUUGACCAUUAUGUGGGGAUGGCCAACAAGCAGGUCAAAGACAUUAUUGCAACGGUCCAGGCCAAAGUCCCUGGACUGAAGCGUGUGAAGGCUGACUGAAGAAAGAAAUGCCGGUCAGUCCCUGAAGUCCUUUAAGAGGGUGGGAGGCACUGGGCGGGGGUGGUGUGUUUAAGGUGGUAUGCAGCACUAUUUUCAGAAUUCCUUGUGUUCCCUGAAACACCCUGGAUUAUCAGUAUUCUAUAGCUCAAGUAUUGCCACCUUUUGAUGAACUAAUUUGACUAUACCACUAUGCUAUCUGGCUCAAAAUGCUAGUUGGAAUAUGUUAAAAAAAAUAUAUAUAUUUUAAUCUUGCACUUGGACAUUACCAGUGAUGGAUGUUGAAAGGAAAUUGUGUUCCAUGGGCUGGUUCAUUUGUUCUUCGACGCAGUGUUCAGACAAUUGGAAUUGCUAUGUCUUUCUCUUUUUUUUUGUAAGAGGGAGAACUUUGGAAACCUGAGUUUUUUUUGAUUAAGUUGGUGGUGUUUGUGAUUUUACUGUUUUAUUGAUUGUAGUUUCACAAAGCUUCUAGAUCUCUUCAGUGGCUCUUGAGUGUGCUUGACACGAUGUGUGUCAUUGUGCUUGGCGAUGGUCUAAUACCAGCAGGGCGCUAUUCCAUAGCACUUCAUGCUUCUGAGUAUUUCUAGUUAGAAACAUUUAGAACUUUAAAAAAUUAGAGCAUUUAAUGAUCAUUUCAACUCAUGCAGCUGCCUAGUUAAACUCUAACACGUUUACAAACAACUUAAGAUGAAAAAAAUGAAACUGUCUGUGGACCCUAUCUAAAGCUGCAAAAUUAUGUAACUAACUUCAAGCAUUGUUUAUGCAAGUAAUUGUGAAUGUUACUUCAUACAAUUGUAAUGUACUCUUCUGUUUGUGGAAUGCAUUGUGAAAUAUAAACAAUUACAAUAAAGCUUCUAGAUGA